GGGAACCAGAGAUAAUUAAUUUACGGGUGGUAAAUUAAAAACCAUCAUGGUUGUGUAAUGAGAAUGCAAAAAUUCGAUACUCAAGUGUAAACUUGAAAAAUUCUCAACCUCAAUUGUAUGAACAUAACACAUCGAAGAUCACUUAGAUCUCACAAUAAUGGACUGCAUGGCCAUUACCUUGUGUAUGCUACAAUUUAGAUAUAAGGAAUACACGUUGAAGGUAAUCGCAUGUCAAGAUUGACAAAACGUAGACCUUAUAGUAAGAGGGGAUAGUCUGCAAAUGAGCAGUAGAUCCCAACUCAUCACCUUGUGAUUCUAAAUAUAAUAAGGAAAAAAAUAUACAAAAAAUUUGCAAGUUUGACACGCGAGAGAAGCGGAUCUCAGCCGCGAAAACAUGUUCAAUGAAAUAUGUGGUAAACACAUGAAACAUGUCAUACUUUCCGGAUGAAAUCCGAUAAUUUAUUUAUAUUAUCGAGUCAUUACAUAAUAUAAAUAUACUAAUAAUCACACAAGUUCUAACUAAAAUAAGUCUAGAACUGGACUAAAUGUAAGUAAUCACAUUAGAGACUAAACAAUACUAGUCUACUCAUAUAGAAAUACGUAACUAGUACUAACUAGUACUUAAAUAAGAAAAGAGAAAAAAAAACACAGCCACGAGGGCUAGCCCGAGGCUACACAGCGCCUUGGCCUGGGCUUGCACAGCCGGCAGAGCCCAGCCAGCCUGCACCGCACAAGAGGCUGGAGCGGUUGUGGAUAAGGUCACGACCCGCACGACGCCAGCCUUCAGACCACCUCUCGAUCUCCACCUCCUGCACGGCGCGGCUGACAGAGACCAAGCCGCUGCACGCCCCCAGCGCCUGCACGCCAUCACCGGCCUGACGCGGAAGAAGCGACCCCCUCCUCCGAAGAGACGACGACCAUGUUAGCGGGGACACGGCGACCAGCCUGAGGCGGGGCGGCGGCGAAUCGAAGGCUCGCCGGAGCCCACGAGCCGGGGCGGCGACCAGGACGGCGGUCGAGGCUGGCCACGGCACGCCCGAAGAGGCGGCCGAAGCAUCGCUCCGCGAUGCCGUUCGAGCCCCCCGACCAUGUCCUGCAGUGGCGGGGCAGAGGCGUCAGCGCCUUCCAUCCCUAUUCCGAGGUGGAUGAUGCCGGAUGCGCCGGUGGGCGCAGAGACGAAGCCGAGCGCGGGCUCCUCGUCUGCAAAGGCACGCAUCUGGACGGGCACGUAGCCAGGAGGGCCACGGCUCGGGCCGACGGUCUCGGCGGCCGGCAUGGGCGUCGGCGGCGCCAUCCAAGCCGUCAGUGGAGGAGGUGGUGGAGGCGGAGAUCCAGGGGGCGGGGCAGGCGCGGCUGCAGCCCCGUGCACCGCAGGGGCGCUCGGGUCGGCCACUAGCGAGGAGUCAAACCCCAUCGGCGUAGGGCCACGGACGCGAGGAGCACCGCGGUUGGGCGCAUCCGACGGCGUGGAGGCCGCUUCCAGAGGCGUAGUAACCUCCACGCGCACCCCUUCGAGUGCCAUGGUAACCGCUUCCAGCGGCAUCGCAGCCGAAACGGCGGAUGGCUUGCAUCCUGCGACGGAAGCGCCAGAGUCCACCUACUCCAUGGCGGCGACGGGCUAUGAGGUGGUAGCGGCGACCAUACUCACGGAUGAAGCGAAGGAAAAAGGAGACGAGGCCUGGCAUCUCACCGACGACAAGUUCCUCUUCCCUCUCCUUCUCUGUUUGCUUUCGCUCUCUCUAGUAGCGCAAGUGCUGAUAACGUGUUUAGGAAAAACUGAUUCCUUAAUCAUUCGUUACUGUUUACAGCGAUUAUAUAUCGUUCGGACAGACGCAACGCUCUGUGAAGAGAUGCCGGUUCCAGGACGAGCGGAAGAGGCGUCGGUCGAGGACAGAUCCGCCCGACGGUUUGGAAAAAGUAGAUUCCCUAAUUACAUUAAUGUAAUAAAUCUUAACAGAAACCACAUAUGUAACACAUGAGACAAUGAUAUCAUGUAUAGAUGGGUUUACCUAAUGACUCCAAGUAGUUAUGCACACUUGCUGCGGCUGAGCGUUAGCGUCAGUGGGCUCUUAAAAUGUAAGAUUUGUCGCUUUAAGGGUGACUAUGUGAUCUCCUCGUAUGUAAAAAUUAACGGAAGGAAAACAGAUAUUAGACAGAUUGAUUUGCCUGGAACAGCCCUGUAAAUUAUGCAAUCACAAAAAGAUGGCAUGCUGCUUUCAAGAUUUCUCCAUUACAUCUCACAGUAUGCUUUAGCUUCUGCCUAGAUGUUUUCGAAGGGGGGUUGUUGGGACACAAAACUUUCACUGUACAUUGAUCAUGCCCAAAUGAGCACAAACAGCCUAAACAUGUGAUUGGUGUCAGUGCAUUGAGCAAUGAGUUCAAUCACGCAUCUUCUCAUUUUGAUCAAAGACUGACACAGCGUGUCAUCCAUACUCAAAAGUCAAAAGAAUAGCAUCAUUAAGCAAGUACAGACCUAUUCAACCUAUCCUCGACCAAAAAUCUAUCUUAUUGACUUGUUCACUGAAUCAAAUCGAGAGUUGUGCAAAUUUGAGACUCUGAAUAUUCAGGAUGCAGAUGGAGUGCAGAGUUGAAAUCCUAGAAUAGAACUACAAGUGUACAUGAGGAGGGACGUGAACAAGAGUUAAUCUGUUUGUUCUUCGUCCACAUACAACAUACAAAGAUCUGUGGCUUCAUCUCAGUUGAGAAUGUCUGUGAAUGUAAGUUUCAGGGAGGCUGGACUAGCCUUCAAAUGAGUUCUUUUUAAGGUGUGGAGGGGUGACGCGGUGAAGAAAUGCUCCAUGGGUCCAUGUUUCCAGUAUUUACCUGGGUACACAUUAGCUCCAGAUUCAGCGAUUGGAGGAACAUCCUACAAAAUCUC